UACUUGAUACUUGAUCAUGCUAAUGGAGUAAUUGGAGUUAUCCCUUUGGCAGCUCACUCAAGAAGCUAUACUGGGAGAGAAGGUGAGGCGAGUAACUGCAAGGAGUGCCACGAGUACAAGGAAUAAAGUAGAGAAAUGGAUUUCAAGUGAGAAGAACCCUAGGAAACUGAGAAUGAGAAGAAACACCAAGUAUGGUGGAUGGGGAUUACCAUGACCUGCCCAGGCAGUUAAUCUCAGCAUGUGAAUGCGGGGACAUUGACACCGUCCAACAGCUUCUGGAUGAUGAGGCAGCUGCCAUCGAAGUCGACUGCGAUGGAGGGGAAGGCUUCACCCCUCUCCAGAUAGCGGCAGCCAACGGCCAUGAGAGCAUCGUUCGCCUGCUGCUCAUGCGCGGUGCCGGACUGGACACCCAAAACAACUACGGCUGGACAGGCCUCAUGCAAGCAGCCUACCAUGGCUACACCAACAUCGUUGUCCUACUUCUACAGAACAAAGCCAAUCCGUCCAUGAGGAACAAGAUGGGCGCAACGGCCCUGACACUCACUGCCUUUAAAGGACACUCAGACAUAGUGAACAUAUUCCUAGACCUAUCGGGAGUGGACGCCAAUGACCAUCAGAUAGGGGAUAUGUAUGGACAGGUCUUAACCCCUGCGAUGGCAGCCAUCAUGAAGGGUCAUCAAGCCAUCCUGCGCCAACUCAUGGACAGGGGUAGUGACCAGUUCUUCACGGAUCAUGGAACCGGUUGGACCCUGCUUAUGGUCGCUGCACUGAGUGGACAUGUUGCCGCAGUGCAGUACUUGGUUGAUUCAGGAUGCAAUCCAAAUGCCUUGAAUAUCAAUAACAUGACAGCAUGUGACAUUUCCGCUGUGUGUAAAAACAAGAAAGUCAGAGAGAUCCUGGAAAAGAAGACAAUCAACAGGCCAACAGCAGGGGAUGAUAGUUCUGAGUCUCAAAUCAUUGAAGCUACUGAACAAGGAGACCUGAAGCUAGUCCAGCGUAUUCUUGACAAGGAUCCUAUGCAGAGCAACUACACCUCCGUGGAUGGUGCCACACCCCUCAUGAUAGCCGCCAUGCUUGGACGAAGGGACAUCGCUGAGACCUUGGUCCAGCGAGGAGCAGAGGUCAAUCGACAGGACGUCAAGAGCGGAUGGACGGCCCUCAUGCAGGCCACCUUCCACAGGAGAAAAGAUGUGGUGAAGUACCUGAUCCAAGCUGGAGGUGAUCUCAACAUGCAGGCCCGGGACGGCUGCAAGGCUCUGGAUCUUGCUCUGGUCAUUGUAUCAGAUGAAACGGACAAAGUGGGUAGUGAGCUGACCCGUCUACUUGCUCCUAUCACGAUACUGUCUAUCGGCAACGGUCAACCUGCUGGACAGGUCAAAGCUCAAGGGUCAGAUAGCCAGAUGUGGUCAACAAGGCUGAAUAGUGUGGACCAGAUAGAAGACCAGGAGGCUGCUAAACAGUCUGGUCUCAAGGCAUGGUGGUCUCGCAUGUCCAACCGAUUCCGCAACCUGAAGCUGACCCGCACGUUGCGGGGAGGGCUCGGAUCAACCACCAAGCUCAGCCCCUUCCCAGACGAGACCCUGAAGAGCAUGGGCAGCAGUUCCUACCUUAACGGAGGAGAACCAUCUUCAGCCAGCAGGGAGGGGGGUAAGCCCAGUCAGAGGAGGAAAUCGAAAGAAGGAUCCCGGGUUUCCUUUGGGAAGGCAAGCAUCAAACCAGAUGCUGUUCAGACAUUGGACAUGCAAGCACCUCACUCCAAGACGAGUGACAAACUUCUACCUGUGAUCCCGCCCUUCCUACCGCCUCCAAGUUUUGAGCUUCACAAUGCCGACAAGUCUCGGAGAUCUCACUCUAAAGCACAGGGCAUGGGUCCUGGUAGGCCAAGCACCACGUUAUCAAGCAAUACCACCAACACCACCUCAACCACCACCACCACCGCCGCCUCUACAACCAGCACCAGUAGCUUGCACCGCCCCAUGUUCACCACCCGCCGGCCCGGAAGCACCGGCAUCAGCCCCUCCAACUCCGCCCACUUCACUAGCACCAUCAGUCCCAGCUCCUCUGGGGAGGCGUCAGCGCUGAGCAGGGGGCUGCUGUCGGCACGGAAACAAGGGUAUUCGACGUCCUCGGUUGUGCUGUCGAGCAGGGUGCUUCAUGGGUCGUCCCUGAGCAGAGCAGGUGAUAGCUAUGGGUCUAUUGCCCCAGUGGAAGACCAGCUUGGAACAAGGAAGAGAUAUCCUUCUGCAUCAUCAGUUCCAUCUCUAGCACAGAUACCAUCCUCGCCCACAUCCCAGCCUAGCAACGAAUCUCACACCCCUACCUCUAGCGCCCCUAACCGACGUCACUCAGCUAACCUCACCACCACAAACACUGGCUCCAGCUCCUCCCUCCACCGCCCCAAGGCGCGGUCUCACAGCGGGAGUGCCUCUACCAGGACCUCAUCCACCCUCACCCCCUCGCCGUCCCCCACCCCCAUGGGGAGAGGGAGGAUGAGCGCAGGAGGGUCCAGUCACAGUGGAGGAGGAGGAGGAGGAGGAGGAGGGACCGCUGGAGGGGUGCAGAGAGAGGGCGGGGCCUUCCAAGGUGCUAGGAAGACCAGUGCUGGUAGUAGCAGUAUCAGUGAAGAAGAUGAGCUAUCCAACUUGCUGAGAAAGCUCUCUUUAGAGAAAUACGCACCAAUAUUUGAAGAACAAGAGGUUGAUAUGGAAGCCUUUCUUGCACUGAAUGACUCUGAUCUGAAAGAGAUGGGUAUCCGACACAAGGAGCCCAGGAAUCAGAUCCUAACGGCCAUCACUCAGAUGAACUCGGGUAAGCAACAAGGUAGUCAUGACGACUACUCUCCCUCCGUGGCUAGGUAUGCAUUCCAGAGGUGAUUCAAAUCUUGAUGGACAACACAUGGAUCUGGACAGACAAAAAAUUGACUAACUGUUGAAAGCAACAAGAUAGUCAUGAUAUCUACUCUCCCUCCAUGGCCAGGUAUGCAUUCCAGAGGGGAUUCAGAUCUUGAAGGUCAACACAUGGAUCUCGAUAGACGAAACACAGAUGAAGUCUUGUCAGCAACCAGAUAGCUUGGACAACUAUUCACCGUCUAUGGCUAUGGCUAGGUAUGCAUUCCAGAGGUGAUUCAAAUCUUGAUGGGCAACACACGGAACUCGAUAGACGAAACACAGAUGAAGUCUUGUAAGCGACAAGAUAGUCAUGACAACUGUUCACCGUCUAUGACUAUGGCUAGGUAUGCAUUCUAGAGGUGAUUCAAAUCUUGAUGGACAAGGCAUGGAUCUCAAUGGAAGCAACACAAAUGAACUCUUGUAAAGCAAGAUAGUUGUGACAACUAUUCUUUCUCCAUGGCUCGAUAUGCAUCCAGAGGGGAUUUGAAUCAAACAGACAUUGGCACACAGGUGAAUUCUGUUAAAUACAACAGAGACAUGAGAACUUCUCAUCCUCAAUGACUAAAUAUAUAUUCCAGAGACAUAUUGGAUUUCAAGGGGCGUCAUGCAGAUAAACUGCUGUAAGCAAUAAGAUAGACAUGAGAACUACUCUUCUCUCCAUGGCUAAAUUUGCCUUUCACCACACUUCAUUAUUUAGCAAAAUUCUGAAUUUACUUAUUCAUAGUUAUGAGAAAGUUGAUGAAAGUCAUUAUUUCUCACAUAUACCACAUAAUUGUGCUUAAUGUUUUUAUUUAACAGAGAGGAAAGUCCCAUUGCAUAACAUGAAAUGUGUGUGUUUAAUCUAUCACAGCAUUAAAAGUAUUGGACAAUCAGAAUCAAAGAUAUUGCCAUAUUUAAAAAAAAAGGCAGAUGGAUGAUAAAACUUAUAUUGUGUAUUAUUGGAACUGGUUUUGUAUAGAUAAUUUCAAACAACAGUGUUGUAGUCUUAUCUACACUGUAUAUAAUUUAUUUUUCAGGUAUUUUAUGUGUCCCUUAAUACUUAAUGCCAUGCGCUACCAUCUUUAUCCAAUCAAUAUGAAAUGUAUGUAAUCAUGGAUUUUUAAUAAUUUAUUCAUGUAAAAUUAACAGAAUAUUUAUAAUAAGCAAUCGUUUUAUGACAAAUUUUUUUGGCCAUGAUAAUCAAAUGUAUUCCCUUCUCUCUCCUUCAAGUAUUAGCAAAAUGCAUUAUAUAUUUAAUGAAAAUAAUUGCAGUAUCACUUGAGUAUCGUUUAUUUGCAAGUUCUUUUGAACAAGCAUUAAAUUGUGAACAAGCAUUAAAUGUUUCUAUAUUUAGAAUACUUUUAUUAUUCCAAAACAUACAAAUGUAAUUAAUAUGUGCUCAUGACAUCUUGAUACACUUCCAUUUUUCUACUAUGUUCAACAAUUAUGGCUGAUGCACAUGCAUGAAUAUAAGGCUGAUAUUUGACAAAUAAGUGCUGUUUUAAUACUAUGCAACCAGUAUUCAUUUUUGUAUUAUAAACUUUUAGAACAGGGUAACUAUUGCAUAACAUAAUUUUUACACCAUUUUGCAUCUAGCAUUGAUUUUGUUAUAUGGAGUCAAUGAACCAUUGGGUGUUGAAUUAUUGUUAUUAUAAUUGUGGUAGUACUAUUUAUGCAAAAAAUACCUAUGAAAUAUAUGAAUCUGUGUCUAAUAUUUUGAUUAGCCUUCCAUAUGGAUCAUACUUAUUAAAGUACACUUUUUGAAUAUUGAAGUCUAUGCGAUUAGUCUUAACAACAAAUUACACAUGAAAUUGUUUACAGUAUUAAAUAAACCAAAGAAAAUAGUUUAAAUAUGAUCAGCCUUAUAUGGAUAAUGUAUAUAAAAAAUGAUGUUUCAUUUUUUUUUUAAAUAGUCUUUAUUGUAAAAGGAGACAGAUCAUAUGUUCAAUUUUCAAGUUUCAUAUCAGUUUGACAAAAGCGAGAAAAAGAAAUGAAUGUCCCAUAAUUUAACAACACAUAUUGAGCUUCAAAGUUGUCUUUUAUAGAUAUAAUACAUUUGUUUAGAUUUUGAUUAUCUAACAUGAUUGGAAGUUCUACAAACAUUUGAAUUGUAUUCACUUUGUUUGAUGAGUAAAAUGAUUUUUCAUAAUGACAACACUAUGGAAAAAUAUUGAUGCUGAUUUUUUAUUCCAUCCUAUUUGACUGGCUAAAACAUUAAAGGUUCAUCACAAAACUUUCAUCCCAUGUUUUACAGUCCAAGUUGUGCCAAAUGUCAUAAUUGCGUGAUCAAGUACUGCUGGAAGUUUUCUGAGCUUCUAGGUUACACCCUGCAUGAGUUGAAUCUAUUUGAGCACGUAAAAAUAGUUCCACUAAUGCAAAAUUUGACAUACAAAGUGUAAAGAACACACAAUUUGCAUAGUUUGGUUUUAAACAAAAUGAUUUGACUUAAUAGGGAGAUUUAAUUGUUUGUUAUAAUGAAAGUGUGCAUAAAUCUUGAUUCUUAUAUAAUUAUCUUAAAUUUUACUACACUGUAAUUUUGUUAGACUAGAAAGAAUGUGAAUUGUAAACAUUUUAUCAAGGCAACUCAUUUUAUUAAAUAGUGGUGAAUGUGAAUUCGAAAUCCCUUUUUAAGGUAGUGUUCUAUUCUGGGAUUCAAAACAGAAUGCUCAUAUUAUCCAACGAAUGUUCAUUCAAAGUUAAGAACUCAAUAAUCUGUAAAUUCAUAGUAAAAGAGCAUGCAAUUGCAAAGUAGGGAGCAAAGAGAGACGGAAAGAUCAGGCUGAUACUUUGUGUUGGUGAAUUUUAGCAAGUUUGUGCUAAUUGCUGUCUCUUAACAAUCAGAUUGACUUUUAUCCAGUCACUCAUGAAAAUAGGUUAGCAUUAUCAGUACUCGGGGAGUAUCUUUACCACACAGCUCGAGAGUAUUUUUAUGGAGAAAAUGUGCUCUGGAAUGAAAUGCAAAUUACAGCAGGUUUCAUUAAUUAGGUAUUGAAGGGAAAGUGAAUGAAUUACUGCAUUGGGAGAGGAUAGUAGUUAUUUCUUUGAAGGAUGGCUCGAGAAAAAUUAAUAUACUUGUACACAUAUUUAUUAUUGUAAACAUUUUUGAAACACACUGUGCUUCCAUUGUCAUAGAAGACUCAGUACUAUGUUAAUUGUAUUCUGUUUGAAAAAUAUUCAAACUUGACGAUUCUGUCCAAGGUAUGAUAAUAAAUCAGAUGCUAUUUAUGAACUUUA